GUUUGAUUGUAUUGCUGAAAUUGAAUUUGUGGUUAGUGAUAUUACCGGGAUUCUUUGAAGCUAUUCUCGGUGGUGGUCUCAUAUCACUCUUUGGUCAGGUUGCGGCUAUACUUACUGACAUUUGCAGACCAGAUAAUGAAGAAAACAAUAAAAGUGCAAAAAAGAUUCAGUCGAUUGACAGAGAACUAUGGAUAUUAUUUACAGUCUUUGAUGGAAUAGCAAGUUUGAGUAUUUCUGCAGGUUCACCAAUAGGAGGUAAUUAUAACAGAAUGUUCAUUUUACUUAUAUGUUUAAUUUAAGGAAAGGUUAGACAACAUUCAUUUUAGAGAAUUCUUCACCUAUUUCUUGUGUGAAAGUACUUCUAGCUGUCUGUAAAAUUUUCAUUAAUUAUGUGAUUCUAAACUGCGAGAGUUGAAAUGUCACCUUAAAGGGUGAACACAAAUAUUCCAUCGAAAACUUAAAAAGAUUGCUGAUGGCGGUUGUAUUUUUCCGAAUAGACAGCCAACUACUUUGUUUCAAG